AUGCCGACCCCCAAAUCCCCAAAAACAAUGUCAUCGCGGCUGCUGACCAUGAAGUUCAUGCAACGUGCGGCGGCGGCGGCGGCGGCGGCGGCCUCCUCCACCCAGGACUCAAGCAGGCCCGCAACCCCCGCCCAUUCGCAAGCCUACCACGAUGCCGUAAAUAACUCUUCGCCAUCCCCUAAACGUCAGAAGCUCUCUUCUCCCCUAACACCCACAUCGUCCUCCAUUCUCGCCAAUGCCAACUCAGAUCUCGAAGCCAUAUCCGCUGCUAUAAGAGCUGAGGAAGAGAAACGGGCAGCUGCCAUCGCAAGACAGGCAGCUGAGGCUGGUGAGGAGGAGUGGGUUAUCGAGUAUCCGCCGGGGACGUUUCCGGUGCCAUCUCCCCCGGUCGUGGAUGGGAAUUUCUAUGGGUUUGGGGAUGAGUGGAAUGAGGGGGUUAUGGGGAGACAAUGUUUUGGGGGAUUUAAGAGGGAAGGGAGGGGUGAAGUGGCAACAAUGACCACUAGCUCGUAUAACAUUGACGAAGAUGGGAAUGAAGAAAGCGAAGGCGAGGUUCGUGAAGGAGAUGAUGAAGAAGAAGACCAUGAUAUUGAUGAAGGCGACGAAGAUGGCCUUGGGGCCAUUGUGAACAAGGCAAAAUUAAAAGCUGAGAAGCGCAAGGAGAAGAACAAGAAAAGAAAAUCUGGUGAUGGUAGUGUCAAUCUCAGCCGAUUAACGAGUAUAUCAGGUGGCAUUGAUAAGGGAGAGCAACAGCGGCAGCAUCAGCGAUACCAUCAUAACCAACGAGGUGGCAGUGGGAGGAGGGGGAAGAGAUGA